AUGCUAUAUGAUCAUCAUUCAUCAUCGAAUCACAGCAUGGGUGAAGAUGACAAUACUUGUGCGCCACCGCCAUCACUAAGCUCCUAUAGCAUUGAAAUGCUAAAUUCAAAACGAAACACCCCAGUAACAGGAAUUUACCAUCAAGACUUUCCUGAGAGAUCAACUGACUUGAGAAAGAAAUUUAUUGCUGUGUUUGGACAUACAACAACAACUACGGAAAACUCACUCUCAGAUGGUCUUAUGGAGGACAAGUCGGGAUCAACGUCGAAGUCGACAAUUACUGGCUCGGAAAAUCGCAUCAAAAGGAGACGGUAUGGCAAGGGGCUAGGGGCGCCGAAGAGAGCAAGUCAAAACAAUACAUUAGAAGAUGACUAUAUUGAUGAGGAAUUGAUUAAGAAAAACGUUGAGGAGAGAAACAAGUCUCCAGUCAGACGCCACCCAUUGAGUGAUAUAUCGAAUACGUUUAGGAAACCAGUGACUCCAAAGAAGGAUUCCCCGGCAGCAGCAACAGCAGCAGCAGCAGCAGUAGCGAUGGCACCAGUAGUAUCAACAGUUCCCACAGCACCACCUGCACCAGUAGUGGUUCCACCCACAGCUUCCAUUGCAGAGUCACGAACCUUUAUUGUCAACAACAAAAGAUACGAGAAAUUGGAGCUACUAGGAAGAGGCGGGUCAUCCAAGGUUUACCGUAUAAAGGCAGCCAAUGGUCACCAAUUUGCAUUGAAAAAAGUCACUUUAAACUCAACAGAGGAUAUUACCUCAUUUAAGGGAGAGAUUGAGCUUCUUCGAAGAUUGAGAAAUUACAAGCGAGUAGUGAAGCUUUACGACAGUGAGGUGACAAAAUCAUCAAUUUACUUGAUAAUGGAAAAAGGGGAUAUUGAUUUAGCAAUGUUGUUUCAAAACAGACUCAAUAUGAAUCUACCGUUGGACCUACAAUUUGUCAGAUACCACAUUUCGGAAAUGUUUAAAUGUGUAAGAGAUGUACAUGAUGCAGGCGUUGUGCACAGUGACUUGAAACCGGCAAAUUUUCUUAUGGUGCGAGGGAUUUUGAAAAUCAUCGACUUUGGAAUUGCAAAUGCUGUACCUGACCAUACAGCCAACAUAUACCGAGAGUCUCAAAUUGGAACACCAAACUACAUGGCACCAGAGGCGUUAGAGGAGGCGAGUAUGGCGGAAACGAAAAAUACAACCUGGAGAGUUGGUAGGCCAUCAGAUAUAUGGUCUUGUGGGUGUAUCAUGUAUCAAUUCAUUUACGGAAGACCUCCGUACGCUUCUUUAGCCGGCACAAAGAGGAUAUUAGCAAUUAUGAAUCCACAAUACAAAAUACAAUACCCGCAUUUAGGUAUCGGCGAUGUGCCCGUGCCACAAAGUGCCAUCAAUCUUAUGCGCAACUGCCUUGCUCGUGACCCUAAUGAUCGUUGGACGGUAGAAGAAUGCUUAAACAGUGAAUUUUUCCACCCAAAGGUGGUUGAUGAAAACUUUGUCACUAAAAUUGUCCAUCAAAGUGUCAACUUGGGCUACAAUAAGAGAAUCUCAGGUGAAGGAAUCACGACCGAAGCCUACGACUCAUUAGUGAAUGACAUUAUAGAUCAGAUUAGAACUUAUAAUUGCUAA